UCAUUACCGCAUCUGGCACGGGAAUCUGCAAGGUGUCGCCAGCCUUGACGUCGUGAUAGCUGUCCGAUUGUUUCCUUGGGAUAUCUGUUUAGCGCGAAUUCGUCACAUUCGAGAGGUCCAAAAAAUGAAAAUUCUGCUUGUCGUUUGCCUGCUGGGAGCUGUGCAGCUCACGUUGGCAGCCAAAAUAAAAAUUCCUUCGAAAAACCGCAACGAAGACCUGUUCUCGGAUGACGAGUUUACCUUUCCGGUGGAGGACAACAAGGAUCCAACCAACUUUACCGGUGACGUCAUGAAGGCCACUAUCCUCAUGGCGGAAGUCAAAAACACGGGCAAAGGCAAAUUCAAAUAUGCGGUAGAAACGCAGAAUGGCAUCGAAAUCGAACAGAUUGGAAAGUUGCGAAACGAUAACAAAACGUUCGUCGUGAUGGGUUCCUAUACCUACACCGGAGCCAAUGGAAAACGGUAUCGUGUCCGAUACACUGCCGACGAAUUCGGCUAUCAUCCGAUCACUGAACUGGAUUUGGACAUCCCUGAGCUUGAGGGUCAACAACCUGCUACGCGACCUCCACUACAGCCAUUCACGUUUGCACCGCGGACAACAACGACGACUACCACGACAACUACGGAGCAUCCCGGAUACAACUACGAACGGCCUUCCAAUGCUUAUCUGCCCCCAACGAAUGGGUACCUGCCGCCUUCGAAUGAAUAUCUACCCGCCAAAAAUGUGAACGAGCCACCACAACAACAGCUGCCGCCUUUUUUCGAUCCUCCGUUCCGAGGUCGGAACAACAAUUUCAUCUAGGCUAACUUCAUUCACAUCCGGAACUCCUACCUAGUGAAGCUAUGAAGUACAAACUUCAAAUCCUACAUAUGUGAGAGGUCGACGAUCAUCUGUCACUCGCAUAGCUAGAAAAGUUUCACCGAGAUGGUCAACUACCAUUUAGUUUCUAGAUUUUAGUUUUUGUAAAUAUUUCUU